UUAUCCUUCCUGGCCCGGGCUAUGUAAACAAAAAUUGCCAGUCUGCGUCCAAACAAGCAACAUGAUUAGUGACAGCGACGAAGACGAUGUUUGUGUGACAGAAAAAUACAUUAAAGAUAAUGAUACAUUGAAGAAAUAUGGCUGGGGAGACUUGCCCCUGAGACAGUAUCAGCUAUCAGGAGUCAACUGGCUGAUCCACUGCACCAAAAAAAAACAUGGAGCUAUUCUGGGAGAUGAAAUGGGCUUGGGAAAAACCUGUCAGACAAUAGCAUUUCUGUCAUACUUAAAGAAGGCAAAUCAUCAAAACCUGGUUGUCUGUCCACGGUCUGUGCUGGAAAAUUGGGCGGAGGAGUUUAAGAGAUUUUCCCCUUCCCUUAAGAUACAAACUUAUAUUGGAGACAAGGAUAAGCGAGCUGAGUUAGCAUCCAGUAUAAAGCGUGAUCUGAAAAAAGGAAGGGAACCAUUUCACAUCCUUCUCACCACUUAUGAGUUGUGCUUGAAGGAUGACGCCUUCUUGUCCUCCAUACCGUGGGGUGCUAUGAUUGUUGACGAGGCUCAUCGUCUGAAGAACAGUGAAUCCCUGCUAUAUCGAACACUAGCUGAUUGGGAUAUUGACUUCAGAAUUCUGCUGACCGGGACCCCUGUACAGAACAAUCUGGAUGAACUCUACUCCUUACUUAGCUUUGUGGCUCCGCGGAAGUUCCGAUUGUAUGGGCAGGAAAAGUUUGUGAGGAAGUUCAAAGACAUCACUAACAACAAAGGUGCCUCUGAACUGCAUGAUUUGAUCAAACCAUAUCUCUUACGCCGAACAAAGGAGGUCGUUUUGAAAGACUUGCCCAAGAAGUCAGAUCUUGUGAUGUACCAUGGCAUAUCCAAAGUUCAGAAAAAGCUCUACAAAGCCAUUCUUACAAAAGAUAUUAGUGUUUUUGACACAAAUCGACCAGGCGGGAGUUCCCCUUCACUCAUGAACAUUCUUAUGCAGCUCAGGAAAUGUGUCAAUCAUCCCUAUUUGUUUGAUGGGAUUGAACCUGAACCAUUUGAGCUGGGUGAACACCUGGUGGAGGCCAGUGGUAAACUUGUUCUGAUUGAUCGACUGUUGAACUACCUAAAGAACACCGGUCACAAAGUCCUCAUGUUUUCUCAGAUGACCCACAUGUUAGACAUACUACAAGAUUACUUAGGAUACAGAGAGUAUAGCUAUGAGCGUUUGGACGGCUCGGUCCGUGGUGAGGAGCGAUUUCUAGCCGUCCAGAACUUCAACAAGAACUCGGACACAUUUGUGUUUCUGCUGAGUACCAAGGCAGGGGGCCAGGGUCUGAAUCUGGUGGCAGCAGACACAGUCAUUUUUGUGGACAGCGACUUUAACCCUCAGAAUGACCUUCAGGCAGCCGCUCGGGCCCACAGAAUAGGCCAAACUAGGCCGGUGAGGGUGAUUCGUUUGAUUGGGAGGAACACAGUCGAGGAGAUAAUUCUGAAGCGUGCUGAGGACAAACUGAAACUGACGGAAAAAGUUAUAGAGGAAGGCGAGUUCUCUCUGGGCCUCAACAAACAGUCUCUGUUUACUGACAAGCAUGUCCCUAUGCAAGACAUUCUUAAGUUUGGAGUCGACACCUUGUUAAAUGAUGAUGACUCAACAGAUGCCGACAUAGACUUUGUAAAAAUUCUGGGUCCCUCGGUCAAUGGAGAAUGGCAGCUGGAUGAAGAGGCCUCAACCAGUAAUGACCAAGAGAAUGAUGAGGAAUUGGAGGAGGGGCCUGCCAGUAUGUACGAGUUUGAGGGAGUGGAUUAUGCCAAGGAACCAUCGGCAGCAGACAAAAAGGCAUUUGAUGACCUUUUGUCAAUGGAGCAGCUUAUCCUGGAAGAGGAAGUGUCCGGAGAGAGGUCACAGAGGAAGAAAAAGUCUGUGGUGCUUCCAGGUCUUCUGCCUGAGACCUCAAGGAGGACCAAGAAACCCCUCACCCCAGAGGAGAUUGAGGAGAGGAACAGAAAGAGGAAAGAGACUUUAGAAAGAAAAGCCAAAGAGGCAGAGGAGCGAGCCAGGAAGAAAGCUGAGCAACAGAAAAGAAAACUUGAGGAGCUGUGGAAGGCCAACAGUUAUGUCUCCAGCUGUGUGAGGUUUGACAGCGAUGAUGAGCAAUCUGAGGAUGAGAGCGAUGAAGAAAAUGGAGGAUUGAGGCUGGAAGAUGAGGCGGAUGAUGACAAGGGACAAACUAGUCGAGCCAUCCAUUAUGUCAGCGGGGACGUUACGCAACCUGUAAAGACCAAAACCAGUGUUAACCUCAUUGUCCACUGUGCAGAUGAUUCAGGAUGGUGGGGUAAAGGUGGCGUCUUCACAGCAAUAUCCAAACGAUGCCAUGCUGUUGAAGAGCAGUAUGAAUUGGCAGCUAAAAUGAAAGACAUGAAUGUCGGGGAUUGUCACCUCAUUUCAUUUGAUGAUGAAGGCAGCUCAAAAGAUGUAGAAAAUUGGAUCUGUGUACUUAUUGCCCAGCACAGAGACAAGCGGAACAACUCCCUGUCUGGAAUCAAACUGUCAGCUCUAAACGAAGGGCUAAAGAUGGUGUACAAAUUGGCAAAGGCUCGAAAAGGAAGUGUCCAUCUGCCACGUAUUGGCCAUGACACUCCCGGUUUUAACUGGUACGGAACAGAGAGGCUGAUCAGGAAGCACCUGUCAUCUCGGGGAAUCCCCACAUACAUCUAUUAUUAUCCCAGAAGACAGAAGGGAGUAAAGAGGAAGAAUGAAGACACAGCAGCACAGGACACAACCUCUAAGGAGAAGAAAAUAGAAUCUACAAGCACUUCUAUAAAUGGCAGCAGUAGCAGAAGUUUGUUGGACAUAUUUACUGGUACCUGUAUCUACGUACAUCCCUCCAACUUCCCGUCUGAUAAGCUGAAACAGUACAGAAGACAGAUUAUUGCUUAUGAUGGGGAUGUUUCAAAAGAGUUUUCUUCCAAAGUAACCCAUGUUAUUGCUGAUCAAGACUGUGGAAAGACUGCUGAAGCAUGGCUGAAAUCCAAUGUCAAGUGUCCAGUUCUAACUCCUGAUUGGCUAGAUUGUUGUCUACAGAGGAGAAAACUCGUCCCAACUCAGACUUAUGUUCAUCCAUCUGGUGACAAAACUUGAAGAUGUUUUCUUGGUUUUGCUGAAAAAGAAGCCAUUUGACUAUUCUUAGUAUUUUAGAUACUGUUAGCAAUUAGUGUAAGAAUAGUACCGGUAUAUGUCUACGAAAAGUGGUAGCUGUGAUAUGGAAUUGCAACAUCUUAUUGCACAUUUGUUUAUGAGAUUAUAGGAUUUAUAUGUUGUUACUGAUUUCCGCAGGGUGAUACCAGGGUACUUCAUUUGUAAAUCUGUUAAGGAUGUGAUUUUUACAUUAUUAGCUAUGUACCUAAAUAAUAUUAUUAAUAAAGUGCUUGAAUCUCU